AUGGCUGCACUGAGUUGUCUUUUGGACAGUGUUAGACGGGACAUAAAGAAGGUGGACAGAGAAUUAAGACAAUUGAGAUGCAUCGACGAAUGCACACGAUGCCUGUGCGACCUUUAUAUGCAUCCCUACUGCUGCUGCGACCUGCACCCUUACCCCUACUGCCUGUGCUACUCCAAGCGUUCCCGAUCCUGCGGCCUGUGUGACCUCUACCCGUGUUGCCUGUGUGACUACAAGCUGUACUGCCUUCGCCCGUCCCUCCGCAGUUUAGAGAGGAAAGCCAUUAGAGCCAUCGAGGAUGAAAAGAGAGAGCUUGCCAAACUCAGAAGAACCACAAAUAGAAUUCUGGCCUCCUCUUGCUGUAGCAGUAAUAUUUUAGGAUCCGUGAAUGUGUGCGGCUUUGAGCCUGAUCAAGUCAAAGUACGAGUGAAAGACGGCAAGGUGUGCGUGUCAGCCGAGCGAGAAAACAGGUACGACUGCCUUGGAUCGAAGAAGUACAGCUACAUGAACAUCUGCAAGGAAUUCAGCCUGCCGCCCUGUGUGGAUGAGAAGGACGUAACGUACUCCUACGGGCUGGGCAGUUGUGUCAAGAUCGAGUCUCCAUGCUACCCUUGCACUUCUCCCUGCAACCCCUGCAGCCCCUGCAGCCCUUGCGGCCCCUGUGGUCCCUGCGGCCCCUGCGGCCCCUGCAGCCCCUGCAGCCCCUGCGGCCCAUGCGGUCCCUGCGACCCCUGCAGUCCCUGCUACCCCUGCGGAAGCCGAUUUUCCUGUAGGAAGAUGAUUUUGUAGAUUGUACAUUAAGAAGUUAAGUUUUAGCAGAAGUCAGCUACUCCAGCCAGGCAGCUCUUCCAGCUUUCUCCACCCCCCCUUCCCGUGGCCCGUUGUUGUU